AUGGGCAAAUCUCAGUCCAAGCUCUCUCAAGAGCAGCUCGCUGAACUGCAGAAGUCGACCCAUUUCGACAAGAAGGAAUUGCAGCAGUGGUACAAGGGUUUUCUGAAAGACUGUCCAUCAGGGAUGCUCACCAAAGAGGAAUUCCAAAAGAUCUACAGACAGUUCUUCCCCUUUGGAGAUCCAAGUUCAUUCGCAGAUUAUGUCUUUAAUGUCUUUGACAGCGACAAAUCCGGCAGCAUCGACUUUAAAGAAUUCAUUUGCGCCUUAAGUGUUACGAGCCGCGGGAAAAUGGAGGACAAACUCGAUUGGGCCUUCCAACUGUACGACAUUGAUGGGGAUGGAAAGAUUAGUUACGACGAAAUGCUUAAGAUUGUUGAAGCAAUCUACAAGAUGGUCGGCUCCAUGGUUAAGCUCCCUGAAGACGAAGACACACCCGAGAAGCGGGUACGGAAGAUUUUCCGGAUGAUGGAUAAAGACGAGAAUGGCAGCCUGGAUAUGGAGGAGUUUAAGGAGGGAAGUAAACGCGACGAGACUAUCGUAUCCGCCCUUUCUCUAUACGAUGGCCUGGUGUAA